UUUGCAAAUCAUAUUGCACAUGCGCAUUGCAAUAGCCUUUCUCUUUGGGACCACGUGGUUGAAGACUCGUCCAUUCGACCGUGACCCAUUGUUUAGCCAUGCCGAAGAAGAUUGAAGAGAUCAAGGACUUCCUUAUCACAGCGAGAAGGAAGGAUGCAAAAUCUGUAAAAAUUAUGAAGACUAAAGACAAGGUGAAGUUCAAGGUUCGAUGCUCCAAGUACCUCUACACACUGGUGGUUACUGACAAAGAAAAGGCAGACAAACUGAAGCAGUCCCUACCUCCAGAUUUGGCUGUGAAAGAAUUGAGCAAGAGUGGCAAGAAGAACAAUUAACUGAUCAGUUGUAUGUUUUGGUGUUUGCUUCUACGUAUUAAUUGCCUUUUUAUGACGAUGAAGUUCAUUUCUCACUAUUAACCAAUAAGCAAAAUAA